GGGUGAUGGGAGUACAGGGGAAGCUUGCGUAUUCCGAGCAGAAGCUGAUAGAAACAGUUUCACGGAACGAAUCGUCAUCUGUGCGACGAGAACCGUCAGAUGGCAGUUUUAUUAUGGUAGAGUAGCUAGGCUAGACAUCAGCACCCAGCGACGCAAAAUUUGGAAUUUAGGCUAAACAUCGACCUGCCUUAUCGCUAGUUUUUGUUUGGCGUCGGCGUCGCAUUGUGAGAGGCUACAAUUUCGCUUUAGUUUGUGUAGGCUAUAGGCUAUUGGCCGUGAUCUGACUCAUAAAUUUUAGUGCUAUAGUCUGUAUGUUUUGUGCUGGGAAUCUAUAUAACUAUAUGUGCUCAUUUAAUUCUGAAACGUUUAGACUACUUAUUUCAGUGGGCACCAAAUGCCGGAAUUACACACAACAGUAAAAUUCCUCCUUGUCUCCGCCCACACAACUGCACGACACCUUGAGUUCUAUCCUCCGGUUGAUUUGAACGAUUUCUAGCAGCGUUUGUACCAUUUCCGUGAGCGCUAUUUAAAGCGAUUAGCCAGACCUGGUGCAUGUAAACCAUUUUACAGUACAUAUGCAGAUAAACACAGUCGUUUAGUAUGGCAACAGUCUCGUUUAAAAAUAGCGAAUCUUCGUUUUAAGAGAGAGGUAGGCUGUUGUAUUUUACUAGGUGGAGGAUGUAAAUAUGCCUUUUGGAAGGCUAAUUCAGUGCGCAAUAGUUCUCACUCUAUUAAUAGAAAUGCGUGAACUGUAAAGACAGAAAAAUCAUAAUUUGACUAAAUCGGGGGCAACACACGUUAGCGAAAAUGGGAUUCCUUCAUCAGCUCCAUCUUCUCUUGUGGAAAAAUGUUUCAUUGAAGCGAAGAGGACCGUGGGUGCUGGCUUUUGAAAUCUUCAUCCCCCUAGUUCUCUUCUUCAUUCUGCUUGGCCUGCGGCAGAAGAAACCGGCCAUCCCGGUGAAAGAAGUCUCGUUCUACAGCUCAGCCCCCCUCACCUCAGCGGGGCUCAUUCCCAUCAUGCAGUCGCUGUGUCCCGACGGCCAGCGGGACGAGUUUGGCUUCCUGCAGUACAAGAACUCAACAGUGACUCAGCUCCUGGAGCGAAUCAGUGAGGUGGUAGAGCAGAACCAUCUCUUCACCUCCGAGCGGCCGGGCCUGGGGGAGGAGCUGGAGUCCCUGCAGCGUCACCUGGAGAGUCUGAGCUCCGCCCCCGGGCCGCUGGACACCCACUUUAACAGCAGCCUCGGUUUCACUGUUGGAAGCGUGCUGAAGAAUCAAUCAGUGUUUCAGCAGUUCCUGGUCAGGAACCUCUCUCUAUCCAAUGACACAGCCAGCCUCCUGCUCUCUUCUCCUGUCAAUCUCAAAGAGGUGUACAGCCUCAUUUUUGGCUCCUAUCCGGGGCUGGGAGGGAACACCGGGCAAGCCGGGGGGGCGCAGGACGGUUAUGACCCCAGGGAGAAGAUUCGGCAUCUGGAGGAACAGCUGCUGGGGGGCUGGCGCAGUCUGGAGGGGGGUCUGAUCCACAAGGCGCUGAAGGACCCAGCCAAAGGGGCUCACGGGCAGGCCCUGUUCAGACUCAUGUCCCAGGCCCUGGGCCUCGCCACUGGGGAGGGGGACCAGAGCUACGACCCCCAGGGACUGCACGAGAUGGAGGGGAUCCUGUUGACUGGUGCCAUGCUGGAGUUGCUCACCUGUGGGGAAGGCGGGAACGCUGAGCUGAGCAACAUCCUAUUGGUGCCUGAGAAGCAGCAGUCGCUGCUGCAGGCCUAUCGCAGUGCGGUUUGCGGCGGUGGGGAGGGGCAGCGGGCUGAGCGGUUUGGCGAGAUGAGCCAAGAACUGAGAGACCAGAUAGACACUCAGACCAUCAUUGAGAAGCUGCGUCUGGAGCAGGUCAACUCCUCGGUCCUGCCCCCCCAGUCCCACCUGGGCGCCCUGCUGAAGGACCUGGCCGACGUGGAGAGGCUGCUCCGGGACGUGGACCUGCUCUCGGGCCUGGCCCGCCUGCUGCCCAAAGGGGCCUGCGCCGGGCACCAGGCCCCGCCCCCCGCCAACGCCACCGCCCUGAGCCCCAACGCCACGACCUGGGGCCCCAACGCCACCGACGUGCCCGGCGGGGAGAGCGACGAGGGCCCGGCCGAGCCGGAAGGGGAGAACCCGCGCUCUCAGUUCUCGGCUUUCGUGCAGCUGUGGGCGGGGCUUCAGCCCAUUCUGUGCGGCAACAACAGAAUCAUUGAGCCAGAGGCUCUGAAACAGGGCAACAUGAGUUCUUUGGGCUUCACCAGCAAGGAGCAGCGGAACCUGGGCCUACUGGUGCAUCUGAUGACUACAAAUCCCAAGAUCCUCUACUCUCCCAUUGGCUCGGAAGUUGACAAGGUUAUUCAGAAGGCCAACGAGACGUUUGCCUUCGUGGGGAAUGUGACGCACUACGCCCGCGUGUGGCUCAACAUUUCUGCCGAGCUUCGGGCGUUCCUGGAAGAGGGAAAGCUGCACAACCACAUGGCAUGGCUGCAGCAGUUGACAUCUGAUCUGCGCAGACACCCGGAGCUGCUGAAUGCCUCUGACAGCGAGCUGAUACGCAGUCUGUUGGAGGGGAACUUCACCCUGCCUAACGCUACCACUCUGCUUGAGCAGCUGGACACCAUCGACAAUGCCGCCUGCGGCUGGACGCACUUCAUGUCCAAGGUCAGCGUGGACAUCUUUAAGGGCUUCCCUGACGAGGAGAGCAUUGUGAAUUACACACUCAACCAGGCCUACCAAGACAAUGUGUCUGUGUUUGCCAGUGUGAUAUUUCAGACCAACAAGGACGGCUCCCUGCCCCCCCACGUCCUCUACAAGAUCAGACAGAACUCGAGCUUCACAGAGAAGACCAAUGAGAUCCGCCGGGCCUACUGGCGCCCCGGGCCCAACACCGGGGGGAAGUUCUACUUCCUGUACGGCUUUGUGUGGAUCCAAGAUAUGAUGGAGAGGGCCAUCAUCAACACGUUUGUGGGCCACGACGUGGUGGAGCCGGGAAACUACGUUCAGAUGUUCCCCUACCCCUGUUACACGAGAGACGACUUCCUGUUUGUCAUAGAGCACAUGAUGCCGCUCUGUAUGGUCAUAUCCUGGGUCUACUCUGUGGCCAUGAUGAUUCAACACAUUGUGGCUGAGAAGGAACACCGCCUCAAAGAGGUGAUGAAGAUGAUGGGGCUGAACAACGCGGUCCACUGGGUGGCGUGGUUCAUCACGGGGUUCGUCCAGCUGUCGAUCUCUGUGACCGCGCUGACCGCCAUCCUCAAGUACGGCAAGGUGCUGCUUCACAGCGACCCCUUCAUCAUCUGGCUCUUCCUCACAGUCUACGCCAUCGCCACCAUCAUGUUCUGCUUCCUGGUGUCGGUGAUCUACUCCAAGGCCAAGCUGGCCUCUGCCUGCGGAGGCAUCAUCUACUUCCUGAGCUACGUGCCCUACAUGUACGUGGCCAUCCGGGAGGAGGUGGCCCACGACAAGAUCACCGCCUUUGAGAAGUGCAUCGCGUCACUCAUGUCUACCACCGCCUUUGGUCUGGGCUCCAAGUACUUUGCUCUCUAUGAGGUGGCUGGAGUGGGCAUCCAGUGGCGCACCAUCAACCAGUCACCAGUAGAGGGCGACGAUUUCAAUCUGCUGCUGUCCAUGGUGAUGCUGAUAAUCGAUGCCAGCGUUUAUGGAGUGCUCACUUGGUACAUCGAGGCAGUGCAUCCAGGAAUGUACGGUUUGCCUCGGCCCUGGUACUUCCCGCUGCAGAAAUCCUAUUGGCUGGGGAGUGGGCGCGUGGAGACAUGGGAGUGGCCCUGGGGCGGAGGGGCCAGGCUCAGCGUGAUGGAGGAGGACCAGGCCUGCGCUAUGGAGCACCGCCGUUCGGUGGUCAGUAGAGCGACUCCUCAUCUCUGUCUCCCCCCAGAGGAGACGCGUGGCAUUGAAGAGGAGCCCAGCCACCUGCCGUUAGUGGUGUGCAUCGACAAGCUAACCAAGGUCUACAAGACCGGCAGCAAGCUGGCUCUGAACAAACUGAGCCUCAAUCUGCACGAGAACCAGGUCGUCUCUUUCCUCGGACACAACGGCGCCGGGAAGACUACCACCAUGUCGAUACUGACUGGCCUGUUCCCGCCCACCUCCGGCUCCGCCACCAUUUAUGGGCACGACAUCCGCACGGAGAUGGAGCGCAUCCGGCAGAACCUGGGCAUGUGCCCGCAGCACAACGUCCUGUUCGACAAGCUGACCGUGGAGGAGCACCUGUGGUUCUACUCGCGGCUCAAGGGCAUGGCCGAAGACGACAUCCGCAAGGAGAUGGACAAGAUGAUCGAGGACCUGGAGCUGUCCAACAAGCGCCACUGCCUGGUGCAGACUCUGUCCGGGGGGAUGAAGAGGAAGCUGUCGGUGGCCAUCGCUUUCGUGGGGGGGUCCCGCGCAGUCAUCCUGGACGAGCCCACGGCCGGGGUCGACCCCUACGCCCGCCGGGCCAUCUGGGACCUCAUCCUCAAAUACAAGCAAGGCCGCACCAUCCUGUUGUCCACGCACCACAUGGACGAGGCGGACCUCCUGGGCGACCGCAUCGCCGUCAUCUCCCACGGCAAGCUCAAGUGCUGCGGCUCGCCGCUCUUCCUCAAGUCCACCUACGGCGACGGCUACAAGCUCACGCUGGUCAAGAAGCAGAGCGACUCCCACGGCAACGACCCGGGCAACCAGCCCCCCCCCUCGGUGUCCCCGUCCUCGCCCCCGGCCCCGCCCUCCUCCCUGUCGCCCUGCUCUGAGGCCCACGUUACCCAGUUCAUCCGGCAGUACGUGGCCUCCUGCAUGCUGGUGUCCGACACCAACACCGAGCUGUCCUACGUGCUGCCCUCCGAGGCGGUGAAGAAGGGCUGCUUCGAAAGGCUCUUCCAGGCCCUGGAGCGGAGCCUGGACAGCCUGGCCCUCACCAGCUUUGGGGUGAUGGACACCACGCUGGAGGAGGUCUUCCUCAAAGUGUCCGAGGAGGACCAGUCUCUGGAGAACAGCGAUGCUGACAUGAAAGAUUCGCCUGGUUCCUCUGUGGGGAAGCCCGCUUCCUGUCCGGCGGGGACGCAGUGCGAGGCGCAGCCACAAGGGGGUGUGAUGAGACCGGAGGUGGAGCUCAGUAACCUGGUCAUGUGCUCCCGGCUCAGCCAGAGCCAGGGGUCCCUGCGCUCCGGCUCCUCUCUUGGCUCCGUACGGGGGGACGAGGGGGGGCUCUACGCUGACUUCUACGGAGACUACUGCCCCCUCUUCGACAACGGCCAGGACCCCGACUCAGCCAGCCUGCAGGCUGAUACCGAGGACCCCUCUCCGGACACGGUUGUGUUGGAGGGCCAGGGCAGCUUCGAGCUGGAGGGCUGGUGGCUCCGCCUACGGCAGUUCCACGGCCUCAUCGUCAAGAGGUUCCACUGCGCCAAGAGGAACACCAAGGGCCUGUUCUCCCAGAUCCUGCUGCCCGCCUUCUUCGUCUGCGUCGCCAUGACCGUCGCCCUUUCCGUGCCCGAGAUCGGAGACUUGCCGCCCCUGAUCCUGUCGCCCUCCCAGUACCAUAACUACACCCAACCCCGAGGAAACUUCAUCCCCUACGCCAACGAGGACCGGGCGCAGUACAGGAGCAAGCUGUCCCCGGACGCCAGCCCGCAGAAGAUCGUCAACACCCUGCGACUGCCCUCGGGCGUGGGCGCCACCUGCGUCCUGAAGACGCCCUUCAACAGCACGCUGGACCAGCUGGCCCAGACCCUCAACCCCAGCGCCAACGACUCCAAGACGCUGGCCGCCCGCUACUUCGACUCCAUGUGCCUGGACUCCUUCACCCAGGGCGUGCCCCUGUCCAACUUCGUGCCCCCUCCCCCGUCGCCGGCCCCCUCCGACGACCCCGACCCGGGGUUCGAGGACGGGACGUGGAACUACACCGCCGGCCCCUCCACCACCGUGCGGGAGAUGGUGACGUCGGCCCCCGCGCUGCCCCUGUCCAUCCACGAGCCGGUCCGCUGCAUCUGCUCCAUGCAGGGCACGGGGUUCUCCUGCCCCAGCGGGGUGGGGGGGCGGCCCCCCCUCAUGAAGGUGGUCACGGGGGACAUCCUGGUGGACGUCACGGGCCGCAACGUGUCCGAGUACCUGCUGUACACCUCCGACCGGGUGCGGCUGCACAGGUACGGUGGGCUGACGGUGGGGAACAUCCAGAAAUCCAUCCCAGCGUCCUUUGGCAGGAAGACUCCGCCCAUGGUCCGCAAAAUUGCGGUGCGGCGAUCGGCACAGGUGCUGUACAAUAACAAAGGCUACCACAGCAUGCCCACCUAUCUGAAUGUUCUCAACAAUGCUAUUCUGCGUGCCAACCUGCCCGCGGGAAAGGGCAACCCUGCUGCAUACGGGAUCACAGUGACCAAUCACCCCAUGAACAGGACGAGUGCCAGCCUUUCACUGGACUAUCUGCUGCAGGGGACGGACGUGGUGAUCGCCAUAUUCAUCAUCGUGGCCAUGUCCUUUGUGCCGGCCAGCUUUGUGGUCUUCCUGGUGGCGGAGAAAUCCACCAAGGCCAAGCACCUGCAGUUCGUCAGCGGCUGUGACCCUGUCAUCUACUGGCUGGCCAAUUACAUCUGGGACAUGCUGAAUUACCUGGUGCCGGCCACCUGCUGCGUUCUCAUCCUGUUCGUGUUCGACCUGCCCGCCUACACCUCCCCCACCAACUUCCCCGCAGUCCUCUCGCUCUUCCUCCUGUACGGCUGGUCAAUUACACCAAUCAUGUACCCGGCCUCCUUCUGGUUCGAGGUGCCCAGCACGGCCUACGUCUUCCUCAUCGUCAUCAACCUCUUCAUCGGCAUCACCGCCACGGUGGCCACCUUCCUGCUGCAGCUCUUCGAGCACGACAAGGACUUGAAGCUUGUGAACAGCUAUCUCAAGUCCUGUUUCCUCAUCUUCCCCAACUACAACCUGGGACACGGUCUGAUGGAAAUGGCCUACAACGAAUACAUCAACGAGUACUACGCCAAGAUAGGUCAGUUUGACAAGAUGAAGUCACCAUUUGAGUGGGACAUCGUCACCCGGGGGCUGGUUGCCAUGACAAUUGAAGGCUUUGUGGGCUUCUUCAUCACCAUCAUGUGCCAGUACAACUUCUUGAGGAAACCACAGAGGAUCCCUGUGAGCAGCCAGCCCGUGGAGGACGACGACAUGGACGUGGCCCGAGAGAGACGGCGGGUGCUCAGGGGGGACGCCGACAACGACAUGCUGAAGAUCGAGAACCUAACCAAGGUGUACAAGUCGCGGAAGAUGGGGCGCAUCCUGGCUGUGGACCGCCUGUGUUUGGGGGUGCGUCCGGGGGAGUGCUUCGGCCUGCUGGGGGUGAACGGAGCAGGGAAGACCACCACGUUUAAGAUGCUGACCGGAGACGUGAGCACCACGGGGGGAGAGGCUUUCAUCGGGGGACACAGUAUACUGCGGGAGCUGUUACGGGUGCAGCAGAGCAUCGGGUACUGCCCCCAGUUUGACGCCCUGUUCGAGGACCUCACGGCCAGGGAGCACCUGGAGCUCUAUACCCGGCUCAGGGGUAUCCCCUGGAAGGACGAGGAGCGGGUUGUGCAGUGGGCUCUAGAGAAGCUGGAGCUGUCCAAGUAUGCGGACAAACCAGCAGGGACCUACAGCGGGGGAAACAAGCGCAAACUCUCCACUGCCAUCGCUCUCAUUGGAUACCCCUCCCUCAUCUUUCUGGAUGAGCCCACCACGGGUAUGGACCCCAAGGCCCGCCGUUUCCUGUGGAACCUUAUCCUCGACAUCAUCAAGACGGGACGCUCCGUGGUGCUGACGUCACACAGCAUGGAGGAGUGUGAGGCUCUCUGCACGAGGCUGGGCAUCAUGGUGAACGGGAGGUUCAAGUGCCUGGGCAGCAUUCAGCACCUGAAGAACAGGUUUGGGGAUGGCUACAUGAUCACGGUGCGGACCAAGACCAGCGGCAGCGUGAAGGAGGUGGUGAGAUUCUUCAACAGGAACUUCCCGGAGGCCAUUUUGAAGGAGCGGCACCACACUAAGGUACAAUACCAGCUCAAGUCGGAGCGCAUUUCCCUGGCUCAGGUCUUCAGCAAGAUGGAGCAGGUGGUGGAAGUGCUGGGCAUCGAAGACUACUCUGUCAGUCAGACCACACUGGACAACGUAUUUGUGAAUUUUGCCAAAAAGCAAAGCGAUAACCUGGAGCAGCAACAGAGUUCUCCCUCUGGUGGUGGCCAGUCGCCACUGCAGCGCAUACUGAGCAUGCUCAGACCCCGGCCCGCCAACACCGAGCUGAACGCCCUUGUUAGCGAGGAGCCAGAGGAGCUCGAGAGCGACGAUGAUGAAGGACUGAUCAGUUUUGAAGAAGAAAGGGUGCAGCUGUCUUUCAACACAGACACUCUCUGUUGAACUAUGGCCACCGGCAGACAAAAGAGAGAGAGAGAGAGAAGGCGGCCCACUGCACAGGGAUCUGUUUGACUCCUGAACGAGAGAGGGAAGAUUUCGGGGCGUGAGCCAGAGGACAAACGAGGGUUUCUUUCGGGCCAGGAGGGGAGUCCCGCUGUCUGUGUGCAAAGAGUGGCGCGCUGCUUCCCUGCGAGACGUCAAAAACCUUUGGAGAGAGACAGGUGGCAUUCGCUGGACAGCCCCAGUCAGAAUGAAAGAUACGCUGGAGAGAAGGGGACAGGGGGAGGAAGGGCGUCCGAAUUCAGCCCCUCUCUAACCCACCUCCCACCCCCCUUCCCAUCCACACGUGUAGGGGGGGGAACCGUAAAAUGGGAGCGCCCUAGCUCUGGUUAUUUUCUGCUCCUGCAAGAAUGCUAAGAAUUUUUAACGGGAUGUUUAGAAUCUGCGUUCGACUUUUGAAUUUUGUUUGAAGGAUGGUUGGAAUGUACAAAGAGGAUUGUGUUAAAAGGAAUUUUUCAGGGGUUAGUUGUCAAAGGAAAUGUUGGGUUUUAUUAUUAUUAUUAUUAUUAUUAUUAUUAUUAUUAUCAUCAAUGACCACUGAUGUGACAGAAUAACAUAUCAUUCUCCUUAAGGUCAGACCACGAUAGGCUCAGCCUGUUAAUAUCAAUGAAUGUAAAUUUAUGUAAAGAGAGGUAUUAUUAGUUUUCCAACCAGUUUUAGGCCCCAUUUUGCCUGCGUUACCAGUCCCAACCCCCUUUUGAGUUCACUUCGAUUGAAAAUGAUUCUUGCCUUGUAAGCAUGCUUUGAACUCACUUGGAGAGAUGAGUCAAAAUCGGUGCAGUGUAUCUUUCUGUGGCGAGAAAAGUGAUCUAUUUUUGUCUAAGGAAACGUCUUUUGUUGGAUGUCAGUUUAUUUAAUAAAAUACAGAUUUUUUUAGUGGUAAUGUACGUGUGCACCUUAUGAAUUGGAAAGUUUUGGCAUGCUGGUUUGAAAUUGCGAGUCUUUUAUUAUUAUGUUUAAUUUUUUCUAUGGGUCCUUGGCCUUUUGCUGUCUAUAAUUUGAAAACUGAUCUAGUUGUAAAAAGGAAACCUUGUUUCUAAGGUCCAUUGGCUUGCCAGUGGUGGAGUGGAAAUGACAAGUAUAUUGGUACUGCAACAACACAGCCCCUUAAACGUAAGCUCCCCAUUAGCAGUUUAUAUAGUGCAGUGAUGCUUGUCUUCCUGCAACCAGCAACUAAUCCAGAUUCAUCUGGCCUAACCUUCAUAUAAACUAACACUCAUCCACAGUCAAUGGUUUGAGGCAGAGAUGAUACACACUUAGGAUGAAUCCUUUAUUUUUUUCUUUGAAUAAAUCGAGCCAUUGUCUUCUUUAUUUUCUUGUGCCCUCUUAAAUCUGCAGUGAUGUAGUUUCGGUUGAUGAAAUCUCAUGUGGAUCCAAUAUAUUUUAAAGGCACUUUACAGGUUACUUAAAAAAAAAAUGAUGUUACUAUAUGGCCGUGGGUUGCAUUACAAUACAGUAGAUGUUUAAAGUCUCUUAAACACACUCCUCCAUGCUGCAGAGAGAGGCCACAGCCCACAUCACAACAGUCCGACAAAUUAGGGCAACACACGGCCACACCCAAACUGUCAGCCACAUUUUAAAGAGUAUUCUGUGGUACAUCACUGUGAAUCUCUAAGUGAGCAGUGGUUCCCAUCUGAUCUUCUGGCCCUGUGCAUUACUGAAGCCCUGUAGAGCCACACAUGCAGAACAGCAGGGAUAUCACACGGGGCCCCUUCUCAAAUACUGAAAUACACACACGCUAACAGGAAAAAUGGAGGAGAAGCACUCAGCUAAAUUGCAGUGCAUUUGUAUCCUUGCCAAGGGUCUGAAUCUUGGAAAUUUGCACUCAGCCUUUAUAAAAUUUACUGUUUUUUUUUUUAAUUGCCUUGAUAUUUCAGAGUGGUGGAGUUUUUAUGGUUAAUUCUCAAAAGUUUACACAAGCACACUUUUGGAGUAAUGAGAGUCCUUUAAAAUCCCUCCCCCUACAUGAGGUAAAACAUAACAUUUUCACCCUCCAUUGUUCUACAUGCAAUACCAGUAUACAGGAAGUUGCCCACAUAUUGAGAACCAAUAGUUAACCCGAGAUUCCGUCCAUGUUAAACACUCCCCUCCACUCCCCGGUUACAGUACAACACCUCUUGUGUUGUUUUCUGCCUUUUGCUUUUGGUUGAUAAUUGUUUUUUCCUCCUUUGUUUUUGUUAUAUAAGAGGGAGUGAAAGACUGUGACGUUGAAUGUGCAUUGCAUUUUCCUCAAAGGAUGGGGGAUGCACAGGAUGGAGUUUUCUUUGUAUAGAGGGGCAAAAUAUGUGCUGGAGAGGUGAAAACCUGAACAAAUUCGCAUUCUCUUAUUCCUAAAAACAAAAUCGAUGUGUAAUGACCAAAGGGAAGUUGUGUUCAUUCUUGAAAUGAAUGACAAAAACUGUAUGCUUGAAUGUUUUUACAAAAACUUGGCAGAAGGUUUGAUUAACUUUAAGAAAAUCGUCACAGUUUUGUUUUCCUCUGUCAAAUUGUCAAAUAUUUGUGUUGUCGUUGUGAAUAAUUUUGAAAAGAUAACAGUAAUGGUGGUUUCCUCGGACUGAACCCUACUUGGACAUUAACCUUUGAAACUUUCUCAGUUACUCAUGACCGUUACGCUCCGUUUUUGCUCAGAGCUCUGUGAACCUCUGUGUUACAGUGAUGUAGUCCUGAUGACCCCCUAGGAUGGUCUGGAAUAUGCCCCCUAACCCCCCCCCCCCCCCCCCCCCCGCUCUGCUGCCUCCCUCCCCUGAAAGCCUUUACUCUAUGGUAGUGUGGAGAGCUUCAUUCAAUAACACUUAAUAAAAUAACACUGGGUGCUUUUCAGAGCCAUUUCAGCUUCAGAAACAAAUAGUUGCAGCAAAUCAUGAAGUAAAUCUAUGAUUAAGAGGACCAGACACCAGCAGUUGUACCCCGGGUCAUGUGAUUGAUUAAAAACCACAUGCAGUGAUUGAUGUCAUCCAAAAAUCUCUCGCUGAUUUAGAGAUAAAAAAAGGUUUUUUUUCCCUCUGGAGCCAAAUGCUUUGGAAUGUAUCCUACAUAUGUGUGUAUAUGAAUAUAAAUAUAUUUAUAUUUAUAUUUUAUGAAUAUAUGUCUAAGAUUUUUUCUGCUGUAAACUACUGUUCUCACGUAAUAUUUUGACUUGAAAUUUUGGGCUUGUUUCUGAUUGGGUCGUUUGUUGUUUCCACGCUCUUGUGCUCCAGCUGAAGUGAUCUGAUAUUUUUCAAGUUAACAAAACAAAACAAAACAAAAAAAAAAUGGAUAAUAAAAUCAGGUAUGAGUUUAA